AAAACACACUGAAAAAAGUAAUAUGAAAUAGACAAACAAAAGAAAAAUCUCUUUCCUUUUCACUUUCCAUUUUCCAUCACAAAACUAGUUUAACUCUCACUUAAACCACCAUCAUCCAUUAUUACUCACUCAUCAUAGAUUAGAUUCUCAUCAAUGCCAAUCAAGCAACCCAACAACAACCAACCCCUUUUCACCUCCCUGUCUCUCUCUCUACCUUCCAUUCAUUCAAAUUAAGUUGGAUUAGUUGUGUUGGCUUUGGUUGCUUCUGCAAUUGAUUAAGUCAUCAUGGGAUUGGGAAUCCACCACCUUGCCUUGUUUCUCUUUUUGGGUUCUCUUCAAGUUGCUUUGAGUCGAGAUAUUGAACACCGUUCGCUGCUAGUAAAUGGAGCUCAAGCAAAAGCUGAAACAGGCGAUAACUUUAUCUGUGCCACUAUUGAUUGGUGGCCUCAUGAUAAGUGCGACUACGACCAUUGCUCUUGGGGAUACUCAUCAGUUGUAAAUUUGGACGUGUCUCGUCCUUUCCUUGCCAAGGCAAUUCAAGCCCUCAAGCCAUUGAGGAUAAGACUCGGAGGUUCUCUGCAAGAUCAGGUGGUCUACGACGUUGGAAAUUCGAACUCUCCUUGUCAUCCAUUUCAAAAGAUGAAAGGUGGAUUGUUCGAUUUUUCAAAGGGAUGUUUACACAUGAAAAGAUGGGACGAGCUUAAUCAUUUUUUCAAUCAGACAGGGGCCGUUGUGACAUUUGGCUUGAACGCGCUCCAUGGAAAGCACCAGGUUGUUCCGAAAGUUUGGGAAGGAGCUUGGGAUUCUACAAAUGCAUAUGAUUUUAUAAAGUACACUGUUUCAAAGGGAUACAAGAUCGACGCAUGGGAACUCGGUAAUGAAUUGAGCGGUAAGGGCAUCGGUGCACGUGUUGGCGUUACACAGUAUGGGAAAGAUUUGAUCAAGCUUAAACGAAUUCUCGACGUGUUAUACGAAAACUCUAGAUUCAAACCCUCACUUGUAGCACCUGGGGGCUUUUACGAAAAAGAAUGGUAUAAUAAGCUUCUUCAGGUUUCUGGUUCCGGCAUAAUCAAUGUUCUGACUCACCAUAUAUAUAAUUUGGGACCAGGUAGCGACGGGCAUCUUGAAGGGAAGAUUUUAGAUCCCGACCGGUUGAGCAGGGUGGAAACGAUUUUCAGCAAUCUUUCAGAAACCAUUCAAAAACACGGUCCGUGGACUUCUGCGUGGGUAGGAGAAGCUGGCGGGGCUUAUAACAGUGGCGGUCACGAUGUUUCCAACACAUUUCUGAAUAGCUUUUGGUACUUAGAUCAACUCGGAAUCGCAUCCACCUACAAUACCAAAGUUUAUUGUAGGCAGACAUUAAUCGGAGGGAACUAUGGCCUUCUCAAUACCUCCACUCUCACUCCGAAUCCUGACUACUAUAGUGCGCUAUUGUGGCAACGGUUGAUGGGAAAGAAGGUUCUUGCAGUUUCCAGCGAUAUUUCUUCGCCGUUUUUACGGACUUACGUCCAUUGUUCAAAAGAUAGGCCUGGCGUAACAUUACUGGUGAUCAACUUAAGUAAUCAAACAAACUUCAUACUCAAUGUGAAAAACCCUAUGCGUGUUAAAAGAGACGAAGUGAGCAAAAACAUUCGUAAAGAAAGAAACUCAUUCUUCGACAAUCUCAAGAAAGCGUUCUCGUGGAUCGGAACGAAAGGUUCGGAGGUCACAUUCAGGGAAGAGUAUCACUUAACUCCAGAAGAUGAUAACCUCAAAAGCCAAACCAUGGUGCUGAAUGGAAUUCCACUCAAGUUAACAAAUGAAGGGGAUGUUCCAACAAUGGAUCCAGUUCACAACAAUGUGAGGUCUCCAAUAUAUAUAGUUCCUUUGUCAAUUGCAUUUGUUGUGUAUCCAAACUUUGAUGCUCCAGCUUGUGCUAGAUACUGAAAACUAUAUGGUCUAAGGUUUCUAUAUAGACAUUAUACCUAUGGAAUUGCAAGCUCUUGGUAAUUGUAAGUAGUGAGCAAGUUAUAUAGCAUUUGCAAUAGUUUGAAAUUUGAAGAAACAUAAAGAUAUAUCAACUUGUGAAUAUAUUUGUGCUUUAAACUUAUGAUUCUCACACAAAAGUUGUGUUGGUUUUUUAUUGGA